AGGUGACGUUUCUCCGGCGGGCGGAGCGCGCCGAUCAGAGCCAUUCUUUCCGUAGCUCUGUUCAUCCGCCAGCGCUAUCGGUCCAGGCGAUCCGGGACAAGGAGAGGGGAGCCCUCGGUCACCAUGGAGAACCCGGUGGAAAGCCUGCACAAGGAAGCCACUUGCUCCGUGUGCUUGGAGUAUUUCCGAGACCCGGUUUCCAUUGCUUGCGGCCACAGCUUUUGCCGCGCCUGCAUCACCCAGUGCUGGAAGGACCAGAGCACUAAUUUCUCCUGUCCGCAAUGCCGGGAAAUUGCCCUGCAGAGGAAUUUCAGACCCAACCGGGAGCUGGGAAACGUGGUGGAAAUCACCAGGCGGCUGAGCUUGCACGGCUUGCAAGGGGCCGCCGGGCAAGAAGAAGGAGAGGAGAGGCCGCUGUGCGAAAAGCAUCAGGAGGCGCUGAAGCUCUUUUGCAGCGAAGAAGAAAGCCUCAUCUGUUGUAUCUGCAGAGAGGCGCGGGCUCACCGGAGCCACACGGUCUUCCCCAUCGAAGAGGCCGCCCAGGAUUAUAAGAAAGAAAUCGAAUGCCGUCUGCAAAAACUGAAGGAAGAACUAGAGAAACUUCUACGACUAAAGCUGGCUGGAGAGGUUAGACAUCAGGAAUCUCUGAAUCAAACAGACACUGAAAGACAAAAAGUGGUGAUGGAAUUUGAGCAAAUGCAUCACUUUUUGGAUGAACAAGAGAAGCUUCUGCUGGCUCAGCUGAAGGAGAUGGAAAGGGAGAUUGUCAAGCAUCAGAAAAUAUAUGACACAAAGGUUUCUGAUGAAAUUGUUGCUCUUACUAUCCUGAUUGAUGAGGUAGAAGAGAAGCUCGAGCAGCCAGACAGUGAAUUCCUUCAGGAUAUCAGAAGCACAUUGUGCAGGUUUGAUAAGGAGCCCUUCCAAGUUCCUGAGGGGAUGCCAAUCAAGAUGGAAAAGAGACUAGAAGAGUUCUCAGAGAAAAAUAUGGUGCUUGCAGAAAUGCUGAAGAAUCUCAAAGACACUCUUCCCUCAGAACUAGGAACCGAAUGGGUUAACAUAACCCUUGACAAAGACACGGCAAACCCCCAAGUCAUAAUUUCUGAGGAUCAAAAAAGUGCAAGAUGGGAUGUCACUCGGACUGAUGUGCCACAUAAUCCUAAGCGAUUCAAGUCCUCUUGCUGUGUGCUGGGUUGUGAAGGAUUCAUAUCUGGGAGACACUAUUGGGAAGUCAACGUGGAAGAUGGAGGCAUCUGGGCGAUAGGAGUAGCCAGGGGCUCUGUGAGGAGGAAGAUAGAACUUAAACUCACCCCAGAGGAAGGGAUUUGGGCCUUGCAAGGAGAUUUUGGCCAAUACCAGGCUCUCACCUCACCUGUAACUGCUCUGCCGCUCCUUUGUACUCCCAGGAGAAUCAGAGUGUUUCUGGACUAUGAAAGGGGAGAAGUAGAAUUCUUCAAUGCCGACACAAAAGAUUCCAUCUUCCUUUUUCCCUCAGCUUUGUUUGCUGGCGAGAGGAUUUUCCCCUUUUUUAAGGUGUUGCUUGCUCAGCUGACUCUGGAUGGCUGAAGAGCUUCCUUUGAGGAAGAUGCACCCGCAUUAUAUCAAGUUUGAAUUCAAGAGGGGUUUAAAAGAAUUAUGCAUGUUGAAUCAAGUUCUGGUCUGCAUUAAUAGCUGCAAGUACUGAAAAGUGGAAGUGGUUCUCCAGAUGUAGUUAGCAUAGAUCAGUGAGAUAAAGUAUUGUGUAUAUGACACCGGAUGUGGAUGAUGUCUGCAUUGUAAUCUGGAGGUGGAUUAGAAUAACUGGUUUUAAUUAUAUGGUAGCCUGUAAAGUUGUGUAGUCUUGUCCCUUCAUCAGUUCCUUGUCUGUUGUAAUAGGUCUUUAUCGUUUUGUCAAAGAUGGCAUAAGCAUUACCUGAUGCCUUUGGACCUAUGACUGAAAAACAAAGUGAAAAUAAUAAAGGGAGUUAAAUCAAGUGGAAUAAGUGCUUUACAUAAGGUUUCAACAUACUUGACUAUCUGAUUCUAAUGAUAAAAACUCAUGUUUAUUCUGAUUGAUGACUAUAACAGUUGCCUCUGCCAAUUAUUGAUUUGAUUUUGUUAAAUUAGCAUCAAUAUAAGAUUAUCUUAAAAUAUGUUAGUACUAAUCUAAUUUGAAAAUUCAUGUGCAGUUUCACACAGCUUGUAAAUGUUUUUUAUUUCAUUUGUUUUC